ACCAGGCCUAACUGGAGGUGGGGCUUGCUUUUCAGGCUGGCAGCGAUGGAGCCAAGAUUGGAAACUGCCCCUUCUCCCAGAGACUGUUCAUGGUGCUCUGGCUCAAGGGAGUCACCUUCAAUGUCACCACCGUUGACACCAAGAGGCGAACUGAGACAGUACAGAAGCUGUGCCCAGGAGGGCAGCUCCCUUUUCUGCUGUAUGGCACCGAAGUGCACACAGACACCAAUAAGAUUGAGGAGUUUCUGGAGGCAGUGCUGUGUCCUCCCAGGUACCCCAAGCUGGCAGCUCUGAACCCUGAGUCAAACACAGCUGGCCUGGACAUAUUUGCCAAGUUUUCCGCCUACAUCAAGAACUCAAACCCAGCACUCAAUGACACCCUGGAGAAGGGGCUCCUGAAAGCCCUGAAAGUUUUAGACAAUUACCUGGCAUCCCCCCUCCCAGAGGAAGUGGAUGAGACCAGUGCUGAGGACGAGGGCAUCUCUCAGAGGAAGUUUCUGGAUGGAAAUGAGCUCACUCUGGCUGACUGUAACCUGCUGCCAAAGCUCCACAUAGUGCAGCAGUCAUUGCCCACAAGACUGUUGCUUGUGAAAAUUACAUUCCAAGAUACAAGCUGGGUGCAAGCCGGCUGGCGGGGAGGAACACAUCCCAGUGUUACUUUCAAGAGUGCUCUUCCUGCCACUGGCACUGCCAGUCCCCAGUCCAGACCGGGCAGGCUCUUCCUACAACCAAAGCUUUAGCUCCUCAUCACUUGGGUUUCCACCUCCUCCUGUCGGAGAUGAAAACUUGGUUCCCAUCUUUUGUCACGGCCUUAAAGCUAUGGUUUCAGUUUGUGAAAUCUGGGCCCGAUGUCAGUCUGCCACGGAGCUGCGGAUUGAACACUGAAAGGCAAAGUGGUGUGAUGCUUAGUCCUUGCCCCAAAUGAAACAAAGAGAAAAGUCGCUGUGGAAAUUUCAAGAGAAAAAUUUAAUCGUUUGUGAAUUAUAGCUCAAUAAAACCAAGAGGAGAAAAGCAGUACCAUUGGAAUUGGUCUGAAAGGGGGCUUGUUA